CUCCUGUGAAGUUUAAUUCCUCUUUCUCUGCCCGAGCUCCACAAACGCAGAGAAGUCCGCUCGUGAUGAGACAGAGUCCAAAAGGUUCCUCCAGGCUUUAAAGACUUGGUCGAGAUGGGCGUCGGUCUGGCAGGUGUUGCUUUACUCGUUGCUCUGAUGCGAGGUGUCUCGUGUGAAAUCUGGACCGUAACGCUGCCUCAAAGCAUCAUGGGAAUCCUGGAGUCCUGUAUCACGAUCCCAUGUGGUUUCCAGAUUCCUGAGAAUCGUGAAAAAGAUCUGCUCAUGAACUGCUCGACUGGAGUUGUUUGGAAGAAGGACAGUAAAUAUGGUCCUGUUGUCUUCAGUGAAGUCAAUCCGAAAAGCAACAAGAUUCAGGGUAUGGUUUUCGGAGACCUCAAAAAGAAGAACUGUACCACCACGUUCCACAGCCUGCCACAGAACUACAGCGGCUCCUACUUCUUCAGGCUGGAGUGUUUAGGGGACUUCAAGUAUACCUUCACUAAAGGAGUCAUCAUCAUCGCUCAGCCAGGCAUGCCUCCCCCCCAGCUGACCCCCGUGAAGCAGGUGUCAGAGGGCGACCUGGUGACGCUGCAGUGUUCAGUCCCUGUGCCCUGCUCCAUCCUGCCCCCCUCCCUCACCUGGCUCCCCCGAGACAUCACCUGGCAGGCUCAGACGCAGAUAGAGCAGAAGGCGGAUGGACUGAUGGUCAUGACGUCCACACUGACCUUCAUCGCCUCCGCUGACCAUCACAACAGGAGCGUCGCCUGCUAUGUUUCCUACCCGCUAACCAAAGGGGGCAGCACCAAGCCGUCUGCAAACACCCAGAGACUCAACAUCCUGUAUUCUCCCAGAUCAACAGUGGCGUCCCUCGCCACACCUGGUCCUGGUCCUGGUUCUGGUUCUGUCUCUGAGGGCAGCUCUGUGACUCUCAUAUGUUCCAGUGAUGCUAACCCUCCUGUGAGCCUCUUCACCUGGUACAGAGUCCUCAGUGGACAGCUGACGAAGACAGCAGAAGGACAAACGCUGUUCCUUCAGGUCAGACACAAUGACAGCGGGCUGUACCUGUGUGAGGCUCAGACCCAGGGGGGCUCUCAGAGGUCCACACCUGUGUCUCUGCAGGUGAACACCUACACAGGCAUCGAUGUUGGUCCUCUGCUGAUUCCUAACCUUAUCAGCGGCGUGGUGCUGGUCCUCUUCGUCCUGACUGUCGCUCUCGGUGUUUACCAGUAUCAAAGUCUUUCCAGGAGGCUGAAGCAGGUCGAGCUGCAGGGAGAAAACACGUACGCAGAUCUGAGGAGUCUCCCCGCUGACUACGACCAACUCCAGUCUCGGCAGCCCAAAGAGAAGCUCUCUCCAGAUCUCUCCAACUACCAGAACCUGCAGGAGCUGCAGAUUUCUAAAGUCGGCGUCAGCCCGAGCGGAUCGAAAGGACUGCAUUAGAGAUUCAAGAAGGGAAUAUGAAGAAGCUUUGAAUGUGAAUAUUCCUGCAGCUCUGUGUUUAAACAUUUAAAGUCUGCGGUCUUUAUUUCUCUGAUCUGUGAAUGAGACCGUCACGCUAACAAAGCUGCAUUUUGACUGUUAUCUAAUGUCUGUUUUUUGAUAAUUUUCU